UUAUAGUAAUAUUGUUUUGUGCUGUGAGUUUCAAGUGUAUUCAGUGCCGUGACAAAUAAGGGAUCGAAAUGGUGUCUUCGUUUGGUGCUUCGACAUUAAAGAUGCAGAAUAAAAUAUGAGUGCAACUAUACAUAAAUGCAUUCCAAACGUGUCUGCAGUAAUGAACAGUGUGUUUAUAAUUACUUAAGUAAAUGGCUAAGAUAAAACAUCAUUCUCCCUAGUGUUUAAAAGUAAUCGUCGUGAUUUUUUCCCAGAAUUUUUCAUCUAAAGCGUACCAAUAACGUGUGCAAUCCAAGUGAUGACCGUGUCCGAGCGAGAAAAUGUAUCUACUUUUUUAUUUUAGAACCACACACGCUACUCACACCGCCUGAGACGCGAGCGUGAGCGGUUUGAGAGAAUGCCAUUUUUGGGGGCGAGAGAAUGAGCGUGACAGUUUCGGCUAAUCUGCUCACACAAAACGGGAGGUCAGCAUCCAUCCGUUCGCGUAGGAAAAGCGGGAUACGAUUGUGCCUAGCCUCGAAAUAAACGGAACGCAGUGAAACCGUACCGAAUAGAACGCGCGUUUGAUGUUAGUGUGUAAAUCUCCAAACAGCAGCAAGUAGCUUGACAGCGUGGGGGCCCAUCAUUAGGAACAUCAUUAUUUACUAAUACCGAAGCGAAUCAAGCUCUCCCGUACGACCGUGCAAAUAUUGUGUGUGUCUCUCUCUCUCCCUCUGUGUGUGUGUAUAAGUGAGUAAGUGAUGAUAGCCACAAAAAAAAAGUGCGAAAAGGCAAUGAAAAGCGUGCUAAGCCGUGCAAUGAUGUGUGAACAAUAAUAACGACGAUCGGGCAAAUUGUUCGUGGUACAUAAAGCUACGCGUCGAGUGUUGGGUGAAUUUUAAGAUGCGCAGAGGAAAAUAUUAAAAUGUCUUGCUUGUAGAAAGUGUGCACACGAGUAAAAAAAAGAAGGUUGGCGGGUUGGUUGUGCGCUAGAAAACGUGUGUAAUGUGCUACCGGGUGCUGUAUCCACAAUUGCUCCACCAGCCGAAAGUAGUAGAGAGUGUGUUCGAAAAGUGUUGGUAGUGGUGGGAAUAAAGAGAAGAAGCAAAAAAAAUCACACCACAUAAAGCAAAUGGAGUAGAAGCAUCGGCAGCAACAUACCAACAGCAUGCGGUUGCCCGGUGACGAGAGCUGUAUUUGAAAAGUGGGUAGUAAAUUAAAUCAAAUUCUUAAGAAAUAUAAUAAUAAUCAUCGGCAUCAUCUUACAUGCGUGCAUCAUUACGUAUGUAUGUGUGUGUAUAAAUGUGUCUGUGUGGUUGUGUAAAAUACCUAUUAUCUGUAGAAGUUCGCAUGGUCGAAAGGAGCAGGCCUUUUGCUUAUGGAAGUGAAAUAGCAGCAGCAGCAGCAUCAGCCGAAGCUUAGAGGGUGAAAAUUAGUUAAAGUGAAGCAAUGAAAUUUUGCCAUCAAUCAAGCCAUCACCUAGAACGAACGUACGUGAUCGUCGGUGUUCUUUGGCUGGAAAUGCAAUAGAGGCACAUAACACUAACGUCACCCAGAACAGAGAAAGGACGUACGGACGACGGACGCUUUUUCGAUUUUACCUUAACGAGAUCUACUGCUAAAUUACCGUUUCGUUCUAGCACUUGGCAGAUGCCAGUCUUCGUUGCUAGAGAAAAUUAGGAAAAAAGGCGAAGGAAUCACCACACCACCUUCGGGAAAACGGUGGCCUUUAGUUGUUUGCCGUUUUGCCAGGAAAUCGUCCAGGAUCGUCCAGCGAACCUGUCGGUAUAAAGUGUUGUUGCGAAUUUGCCAUUAGAAGCUGGUAAAGGCGUCGAAAAACAACAACUGCUCGGUUAGCAGUGGAGGAAAAGCAAACAAAACUUAGUACCAAUUUUAUUUACAAAACCAAAAAAAGAAAAAAAGGAAUCCACUCGCCCACCUGUACUGGAGCACUCUUAGUAAAUAAUUACAUUUACUCGUUAAAGCUGCUUUCACCCGCAUUUCACCCGCUGGUCUGGAGGUUGGAAUUUAGAAGUUGUGUGAGGUGCAGUGAGGUGCAGAAUGAAGAUUCGAUGUUCUUUCGGUGACGGGAUUCGAACAAAAAUACCGACCGGAACGAAUACACCGUCCCUGCCAUUGUGAGCGCAAAUUGGCAGGAUUCGCUUUUAUCGAAUCAUAGCGCUAGCGCGGUGGGCAGCAGCUCAUAUCGAUCCAAGUAACCGUGGGUACAAGGAAGCGGACCGCCGGCGGCCAUUACCGGGAACACAUUUUUAAUGCAAGGAAGGAAGCGUUUAGCUAAAGUGGAAAUUGAGCAAUUUCGUAAGAAUUUGUUUGUGGCAACGGAACGCCGGGUGAGUGUGUGUGAAGCGAGGACGGGACGGUGCAAGGAUGAGUGUCCAUGGUUGUUGGAGGAUUUUCCUGUUCGGUGCCAACGUGUUAGCAGGUCUCCUAGCGACGGCCCUUACCAGUGAGGUUGGCUCUAGCUCGACAGUGCUGCUGCUCGAUAAAUUGCCGAUCGCUGUACCGACGGUCGAAACGAUACCGCACGGUGCACCGCGACCAUUACCAUCCCACCGGGGGAUACCGUACGAUGGUGAAAAUGGUGGCAGUCCCGACCCGGCCGGUGUGGACAUUACCGACAGUAAUGCCUUCGUAGCGGCCGACAUCAUCAACCUCGACCGGGACGGUGCGGUUAGCUUUAUACCGCGUCGUGACGUGCGCUAUCAACGUGCGGUACCGCCGGAAUAUGCCGGUGCAUCGGCCCUACCGCACUGUGAAACGUUUACCAUGGGCGAUCCGGACUCGAAGACACUGUACAAUCCGGGCUGGCCGGGUAACUAUCCGAACAACAGCGAUUGCGUCGUGGUGCUGGAAGCACCGGUCGGGUUUCUGGUGCGGCUCGACUUCCGGGACCACUUUCACAUCGAACCGUCGGAAGAGUGCAAGUACGACUUUCUCGAGAUUCGCGAUGGUGCGCACGGAUUCUCGACGCUGAUUGGCAAGUACUGUGGUCAAACCUACCCGCCCAUGAUCACCUCAAAGGAACGUUUUCUGUGGCUGCACUUUCACUCGGACGAGAACAUCGAGUACAAUGGGUUUGUCGUGGUGUAUGAUUACGUGCCGCGCCCUACUUCGUCUAUUUACGACGAUGAAAGCUGCCGGAUGGAGGUUUCAGGAAUGGAAGGAUUCGUUAAUCGGUCGGAUGUUCCGCGCGAAAAGCAACAAACCGUGAUCGAGCAUGGCCUCUCGCUUGACUGCAUGUGGGUCGUAACAGUGGCGGAUGGAUGGAAGAUACAACUCUCAUUCCUCAAGUUCAAGCUGGAACGACCAAACGAUUGCGAAAGCAACUUUGUCGAUGUGUUCACCGAACGAACGGAUCUGCCGUCGAGACUGAAAAACUUUUGCGGUUCCAUCGCCGACUCGGUCGUAUCGCGCUCGAACGUCCUGCACAUCCGGUUCUUCGCGGAAGCGGCCGCCAUUAAUUCCUCCUUUUCCAUCCUCUUCACUGCAUUUAGAGAGAAAGCGGCCGGUGAAACCUGUGACGAUACGGAGUACGAUUGUGAGGAUGCAACGUGUAUAUCCGGCGAGCUACGGUGCAACGGUCGCAUCAAUUGUCGAUUCCGGUGGGAUGAGGAUGAGUGUCAGAAACAAGCAACCGCCCAGUCGGAACACGUCAUCAUCAUCGUGAUUGUGUUUGGGCUCAUACUUGGUGGGAUGAUACUGCUGUUUCUGUUCAACUGUAGCCGAAAGAUUAUACGCGACCACAAGAUCAUACGCGAGCACAUUCGGCAGUCGCGCGAAAGCAAGCUGAACGAGCUGGGACGCCAUUCGACGAAAAAGUUGGUCGAUCUGGAUAUUACCAAGCUGCCGCCGCCUGCCUUCGACAAGGAUCCAAUCAAUGUGCUGGAAAGCAGCAGUACGACGAACGUGAACAAUGGACAAUAUUAUCGCGACAUGGGCAUCGGCAGUGUUGGUGGUGGUAGUGCCGGUAGUGGUGGUGGAAAUGCUGGACCACACAUGUUUAGCAGCCGGAUAGACAUUAAGGCGGAUCCGCAGGAUGUGCUACGGGGCAGCUACCAUGAAGAUCCACUGUCGCGGUCCGGGACGCUCGGGCGCGAUGGUGGUGGCAUGUGUGAUAUGGCCUGUCAGACGAGGGAAUCACUCUUCCAGCCGGUGUUUAAAAAUAAGGUCAACCAAUCACCGAAUCAGCUGCAAAACAGCAUACGCUUCUCGACGUUCGGUUACGAAAGUCAGCAGCAGGAGCAGCAACAACUGCCGGCGGUCACACCACCACCGCCAAGGGUGAAACAUCAUCAUCAUCAUCACCAUCAUCAUCAUGGCGGUGGUACGCUCGAAGGUGGAACCAAAAGCUCCAAGGUGAACCGUAUCGAGCUGGAGGAUCUGUCACCGCCCGGUUCGGGUGGGUACGAUGAUCGGGGUGACGAUAUGCAGCAGCAGCAGCAGCAGCAACAGCUGCCACCCAGUCAGCAUGGUCACUCACACAGUCACACGCACACGCAUCAGCAUCAACAUCCUCACACACAUCAAAAGAUCGCCCACGAGCGAAACCUGACUGAGACCGGUGUUGGCCCGGGAAUGGGACGAACUGGUGGGGGUGGAGGUGGAGGUGGAGGUGGUGGUGCAGGAAGUGGGGGUGGAUCUUAUGGUGCUGACAUCCGGAAGUCGGCACCGGACGUCAUCAUUAUGACCUCCUCCCAUUGACCCGGAGCGGUCCCGGGGAUGGUUAGCUAAAUUGGGAAGUUAGAAUAUUGUUUGUCAGGUAAUUUUUUGGGGACGGCGCAAGGAGGAAAAAAAACUCCCAGCCCCCCCUUUUUAUUGCCACCGUACGCACCGUAUCGGAGGUGUGCAACGUGUGCACGCUGGUAUUGCGAGUGGUUUGAAGCGUCUAAGGAAAGUAUCGUUAUUGCGCCAUGAAGUGCUCUUCUUGGUUAGUUGUUUUAAUUGAAUUACUUGUAAACUAUCACGAAGCAUUGGGUGGGAUAGCAGGCUGGAAAUCACGUUGCACCAUUACCACGUGAGAUUCUUAUGACAUCUUUUUUUUUUGUUUUUUUUUUUUUUUUGUUACACAACAACGGGAACACGAUCCCUUAUAGGUUGAGGUUAGAUUAAGCGAUCUGCCGUGUAGUCGAAAAUGUUUUUUUUUAAUCUAUUUUAUCGCACGUCGUUUCACAAGCCACGGGCACAGUGAAAUGGUCGCACACGAUUUGCAGUAGGAUAGGGUAAAUGUUAGAAUUAUAUCGAUGACACGAAGGCCGACUAUCGUCCUUGAGACCAUGAGGAGAUGAAGACGAAGACAGCUAGGGUACUACUAUACGCUCGUACACGUACUAACACAACAUUCAACAUUGCACCGUAAUGGGUUUCAAGUGCAUUACACACUCACACAUACAUACACACACACACAUACAUACACUUACAUGGGCAGCCGAUACGCUGCGGAUCUCUUUGGGGCAUCAGGUACCGUAUGCAAUGAUCGAAGAAUUAGCUAAUGGGGUUUCCAGUCGAUUGAUAAUCGGUUGGGAACAGUUACACUGCUAAGUUAGAAUAUUUGUAGAUCCCGAGUUGUUCGUUGUCAGUAGCUGGUUCUGGAUCAGCAGCUCUGCCUUUUUGGUGUACCUUCCAUUCUGGAAAGAGUAGCCGGAAAGACACGCGUGUAAUGCAGCUGGCUACCAUUUUGUACAUAUAUUGUCAAUCAUUGCCCCAGUUAGAAGACACUUUGCUUUGUUGCAUUAUCGAUUUGUUACGUUUCUUGGCAUGUAUCGGAGCAAAGCCGGAAAAGAGGAUCGUGAGAAAGACGAAUGUUAUAGAAAUUUGUAGCUUAUCCAGUAUUGAUAAGCUAGAUUAAGAUGAACACAAAGAAGGGAAAAGAGAUCGAAAGGAUAAUUUGUUUUUGUUUGGGAAAAAAGCCUUGAAAGAUUUUAGACAAAACAUUUACCCACUAAUGGAGAGUGUGGCUAGAGAACAGUUUCUUUUUAAUAUUUUAAGUUUAAUAUCUUGAACAUGUGUUGCUGGUUGACUAGUGACUUAACAAAGCAUUAAAGAGGCAUUGUGCAUGAUUGAAUAAUGUAAAACAAUAUCACCAAAUCAACCGUUGUUACCAGCAUGACUGUAAUAUUUGUGUUAAUUUGAUCAACAUUCUGCCCUUCUGUUUGCUGACGAAAAAAAAACGGAUGAACGUGUGAUCUUGCCACGCCGCUGCUGAGAGUGUACGGUUGGAACCAAGUGUAAUGGACCAAUCGUUAAAAUUUGAACCACAAACUAGCGAAAAAUCAAAGAAGAAAACAUAACAACACCUACACUCGUGUAUUUUGUACAGUCACCUCUCACUGUCAUACGAUUUGUUACUCGUAACUCAAUUGUACUAUAUACGGUUACACCAUAGUGUCUAGCAUCAUCAGCACAUCGUACCCAUUUUACAAGCGACUUGCAUAGCAAAUGCACACAGAAGAAAAUGACCACGGAGGCAGCAGGAGUCCAAAAUUACCAACGCGUAACAAACCAGGUUACAGGAAACUUACAGGAAGUGCUACACUUUACGUUUCUUUUCCACCCUACUUCACACUUUUAUAAUCCAAACCUUUGCCCGCAACGGAAGUGUUCGUAGUAUUCGGUGUAAUAACUUUUCCUAUCACACCCUAUCACUAGGCGAACACUAUUGAUAACACGCAUGUAUUUGUGUGUGUGUGCAUAUAUGGAUCUCUCGACAGUCAAAGAAAGUUCACAUGUUUCUUCACAUCAUAAUAAUUUAGCGACUCGGUCAAAUGACAAAAAACUCAAUUUUACUAUGUGACAUAACCACAUCACUGCUCAUUCGUACCCUAGGAAAAAAAAGUGCUAGCAAAAAAAAACAGUUUAUCGUUUUAAAUUCAUUAACCAAACCACAUCAUUGAUGGAAUAGGGUAAAACAAAAAAACACGUGUAAAAAGAACCACCGGUGGGAGAAAUUGUAAAGUUUGAUUCAUGAUUUAUUAAUAAAACACAUGAAAAUGAAACAAUGGGUGAAAUAUUA